GAUUAUAACGUGUCGAAAUAAUGGAAUAAUUGUGGAGUACUCAAUAAAAUUGCCAUUCCGAGGUACAAAAGUAGUAGUCUCAUUGCAAAUAUCAGAAGCAAGGUGUAGAUAUUACAAGACAUACAACUGUGGUACGUUGAUGUGGUAACAGGAGUACAUAUGGAGAAACAUUGUUACAUGCACACGUAUUUAUUUGAGCGAAUUAUUGUAUCAAUACUUCCUGGAAUGUUUAUAGAAGUUUAAUAUUUCACAUGAGUUAUGCAAUUCUAAUGGAAAAUACUUGCGUAGCAUUCUGUUUUUAGUGCCGAUACAAGUACCAGCGUUAUUAAUCAUGGCAAGAAAUUUUCUUAAAAGCAGUCUUCAGAAUGCAUCUUUCAAUAUUAUAUUUCAGAUUCUUUUUAGAUGUGUGACAUUUGGACUAAAUGCAUUUGUACUCCGACAUGUCAGUCAGUCAGUGGUGGGUGUGAUGAAUGUUCGUCUCCUUCUUCUUGAGUCAACCAUAUUAUUCCUCAGCCGAGAGGCAUUUAGACGUGCUUGUCUCAGCAAGACAACAGAACACAACUGGGCUCAGGUCAUCAACCUCCUUUGGCUUACGGUGCCAUUGUGCCAGUUCUUCAGUUUUAUAUUUGGUUAUAUUUGGCUGCAUGUUUUGACACCUCCAAGCACAGACAUCACACAGCACUACACACUUGGAGUGUGGGCAAUUUGUCUUAGUUGUGUCAUUGAGAUGUUCUGUGAGCCAGUGUACCUAGUAGCUCAGGCAUUCCUCUUUGUUAGAUUUAAGGUGGUUUUAGAUACAAUCCAUAUAUUUGUUCGUACGGCAACAUUUACUCCACUCAUCAUUUAUCAACCACACCAAGCAGUUGUAGCAUUCUCUGUUGCCCAGGUAUUGGCAGCAUGUGUGUACACAGUGGGACAUUAUGUGUAUUUCCAUUACUACAUUACCAAACUAAUGAAGAAACGUGCUGCACAAAAGAUGAUUGAUUCAAAUGGAAAGCCCCCAGUGAAUCUGAGGUUUGUUCGUAGAGACUCCAUUGCAGAGAUUGAGGAUGAGUUCCCAUUUGAAUCUUUAAUGGAUUUCCUUCCUGCAAAAAUAGAAGAUCAGUUGAGCAUCAACUAUGGCCUUUCAAGGCUAACAUGGAGCUUCUUCAAACAAGGCAUCAUGAAGCAGGUUCUGACGGAAGGUGAGAGGUACAUCAUGACACUCUUCUCCGUGCUAACGUUCUCUGAACAGGGUGUAUAUGACAUUGUCAACAACUUGGGGUCUUUAGCAGCCCGUUUUCUGUUUCGGCCAAUAGAGGAAUCAGCAUACUUCUAUUUCUCACAGAUGGUGGCAAGAGAUACAACAAUACAAGAGCAGAACCAGAAACACAUGGCAGAGGCUGCCAAUGUGCUGUACCAAUUACUUCGCUGCAUAACUUGUAUUGGACUGGUGAUACUGGUAUUUGGCCAGUCAUAUUCGUGUUUCCUGCUGUACCUCUAUGGUGGUGAAAGUCUCAUCAUGGGUCCUGGCCCUACACUAAUGAGGACACAUUGCCUAGCUGUCCUCUUACUGGCUAUUAAUGGAAUUACAGAGUGCUAUGCUUUUGCAACUAUGAACGCUGCUCAGCUUGAUAAGUAUAACUACUUAAUGGCAAUACUGUCAGUAUCAUUUCUUGUAGUUUCCUGGUUACUGACAAAAGCUUUUGGUGGUGUUGGUUUUAUUGUUGCCAAUUGCUGUAACAUGGCAGCUAGGAUUGGACAUAGCAUUCAGUUUAUUCAAAUCCAGUAUCUUAACACAGAGUUUAAGCCGCUCAGAGGGCUCAUCCCUGGCCCAUAUUUUCUGAUCACAUUAGUAUCAGUAUUUAUGAUCACCCAGAUAUCACAGGCACUGUUCUUUGAGUGGUUUAAGUUACUUCACCUGGGAGUUGGUGUCAUUUGUUUUGUAUCUGUUACAAUUUCUUGGGCAUAUGAAGAACGUGAACUGGUCAGCUUGGCAAUACAGAAAUGGGCAACCAAGUCACAGGCCCUGAAGCAAGAGUAGAAAGGUUUGAACUGAAGCAGUAAUAGAACAUCUUUGAAUAGCUCUGUUCUAGUAUCAUUCCUUCAUAUCCUGGUCAUCAUUGGGGCUACAAAUAUGUUAGAAAAACAACUGCAUUGAGACGUUCAGUAGGGUUAUGGAAAAGUUACUAAUGAUGAAAAAACUAUUCUAGUCCUAAAAAUCCUGUCAUAAAUUAAUACAGGCUUUAAAUAAUUUGUUUAGAGAAGUGUUAAGAGUCUGUUUACAGUCACAAAUGAAACUUUUCUAAAAGGUAUUGGAUAGUGAAUUUAUUUUUAAUUUGGCACAGUUUUUCAAUCCCUGGUGAUAGGUGUUUUUAUGUGAUACCUAUAGUUGUAAUCCUGGUUGAAAUACGUUGACAUUCAAGGCAGGCAUACUUAAGAGUUUGCCUUUGCUUUGGAAUUUGAUGUUGGUUCACUGAAAUGAUGGGCUUAUGUUGAAAUUAGGACUACCUGAUCACUCCCUCAAUACAGUGUUUGUUUUACAGCUUAAACAAAUAUGCAAGUCAAGGUUUUGCAUGAAUCAGUUACUAAAGUGUCUCCUACCUUCAUUAUAAAAUGUUUGGCAGAUACUAUUAAAAAUGUUAGAACUUACGGCUUUAAAGUGUGGUCUGCAAGGACACUAACUCACACUCGGUUGUUUUGUAUUAGAAAUUGUGGCAUUUGUGAAUGGAUAGAUUUUAAAAAUUUACCGAACUCAUACCUUUCCUCACUUAUUGCUCAGAACCUUUGCUUUUUUAAAGUCACAAACAGUAUGUCAGUAUGGCUGCUUAUGUCACCUUUUACAGAUAAGCUGUCUAAUAAGAAUAUGAAUGACAUUAAUUUUUAGUCUGCAGUAUAUAUUAGAACAACAAUAAAAAUUAAGAUAUAUACAACAAUAA